CUCCUCCCUUUAUAACGACCCCGAACCAUCCAUUUCUUUCCCCAAUUCAUUUUCCCUUCUUCCCUCAAACUUCCGUCUCUCCAAAUUCCAUCUUUCGAUUCAACGAUGGCCGAGGAAUCGCUUCCCCAAAUCGCCCACCUCUCCUCUUCUCCCGAACCGGGGACGGAGGCGGAGCGCGAGAGGCUGAGGUACCUGGAGUUCGUGAACGCGAUAGCCAUCCAGACGGUGCUUUACGCUUCUCGGAUCUAUGGAUUUUCCAAGGAGAGCGCGGGGCCGCUGAAGCCCGGCGUCCAGAGCCUCGAGGGCACUGUCAAAACUGUCGUUGGACCCGUCUAUGACAAGUUUCAUGAUGUUCCUUUCGACUUCCUCAAAUUCAUCGACCAAAAGGUUGGGGAAUCGGUGGAGGAGGUAGAGCGGCGCAUCCCUUUAGCUGUGAAGGAUGCCUCGGCGAUGGCCAGGUUAGCCGCCGUCGAGGUCCAGCGCACCGGCCUGAUCGCUUCUACUGCUGGCCUCGCCCACUCCGUGUACGCCAAGUACGAGCCGGCGGUGAAGGCGCUCUACGCCAAGUAUGAACCUGCCGCGGAGCUGGCUGCUGCGUCUGCCUGGCGGUCGCUGAACCGCCUUCCGCUGGUCCCCCAGGUGGCCCAGGUCGUCGUUCCCGCCGCUGCUCACCUCUCCGAGAAGUACAACCAGGCGGUCACCUACACCGCCGACAAGGGCUAUGCGGUCUCUGCCUACCUCCCCCUCGUCCCCACGGAGCGUAUUGGCCGUGUCUUCUCCGACGAGGUGACCGCUCAUUGAUCUCGCAGAGGUUGAGCUACUCUGCAAUAUUUCUUUUACUUCAUAUAUUAUCUAUCUAUAAAAUUAUAUUAACUUUGUCAAAAAAAAAAAAAAAAAGGGGUUAUGCUUCGAUAUGCUCUAUGCUCUGUGGUACAUAACUACAUAUGCAUGAUGGUAUUCUGGUGAAAUCUAUGUAUGGAUUCGAGCUUAUUGUAUUUAUUUGUCUGAUCUUGUUGGUGUAA